AUGACCGCGAAUCAAAAACUGAACCAGGCCACAUCAUCGACUGACCUCGACUCGAGGCGAGCAUCGGAACUCAAGUCGCCCUUGGUCCGACUCGUUAGGACAGAGCCGACUGGGACGGAGCUUCCGGAGGCGUUUUCUGAGAUCAGUACAUAUUACAUCGCCAACAAUUUGUGUGGGCUUUCAAUCUCCCCAUCACUCCUCCUUUCCUCUUUGGUUACCGACUCAGUAAACAAACUCCAUCAAGUCACCACCAUGUCGCCCGCACCUGCGCUUCCCGAGGCGAAGGACAUUACGCACCACCUCACCAAGCAGGUUCGUGCUCAAACGCCCAGCGCCAUGAAGGCGUAUGCCAUGCUGCUGUCCAACAAGAACCUGCUCUCGCUCGCUGGAGGCCUCCCGCAUCCCUCCCUCUUCCCCCUCCAGCAUGCGACCUUCACCAUGCCGGACCUCGCCUCGCUGACGGGUGACGUGUCCGCAUGGCAGAAUGGUGAGGCAUCUACGGACACCAUCCAUCUGAAGAAGACUGGUCCUGGCACCGAGAACGACCCAGAGGGCCUCCUCGACCUAAACGAGGUCCUGCAGUACGGCUUGUCCAACGGCUUUUCGGAGUUGACCGAAAAGCUGCAAGAGCUCAACGACCUGACCCACGGCCGUGCCCACGCCGACCACGCAGUGUACGUCUCCCUUGGCAACACGGAUGGCGUGUCCAAGACCUUUUCGCUGUUUGUCGAGCCCGGAGACAUUGUGCUUUCGGAAGAGUACUCGUUCUCGUCGUCGCUCAACUCGGGCCGCGCACGUGGCGCAACCUUCUACCCCGUCAAGGUUGACGGCCAAGGUCUCGUUCCCGAGGAACUUGACCGUGUCCUGACCGAGUGGGACGAUGCUGUGGGCAAGAAGCCCCAUCUCCUGUACACCAUCCCUUGCGGUCAAAACCCAACCGGUUCGGUCCAGCCUCAGGAGAGAUAUGACGCCAUCUACGCCAUUUGUCAAAAGCACGACGUCAUUAUCAUGGAGGAUGACCCAUACUUUGCUCUCCAGUACACCGCCUACGAGCCUGACCUUGCUGCUCGCGAAGCCCACUUUGCCGAGGCGCGUGCACGCAUGCCUGCCGCUGCUGCCACUGCCAUCGAGGACAAUGCAUCGGCCGUCGCGGCUGUCCACAACGCGUACGCCGGCGUGGCGUCGUACCUCUCGCGCGACGUCGACGGCCGUGUGGUCCGUAUCGACACCGUCUCCAAGGUCUUUGGACCUGGUAUGCGUAUCGGCUGGGUGUCGGCACAAGCCUCGAUCGUCGAGCGCCUCAUGCGUAUCGGCGAGACGAGCACCCAGGUGCCCAACAACCUCGGCCAGGCGGUGAUUGCCUCGUACCUCAGCGACCAGCACUGGGGCGUUGGCGGCUGGAUCAGGUGGACGUGGGGCGUUCGUCUCGAGUACCAGGCCAAGCGCGACUACUUCCUCGACCGCCUGGCAGAGUACGUCCCCGCCGAGCUGGUCACGACCACCCCUGCCAUGGGCGGCAUGUUCCAGUGGCUCAAGGUCAACGUCGACAAGCACCCCCGCUACGACCCUGCAGGCGUCACCAACACGGGUGCGCUCAUGGACGAGCUGUUCGAGUACCUCAUCAAGGAGGGCAACGUGCUCCUCAUGCCCGCGAGGUUGUUCCAGGUUCCUGUCCCAGGUGUGGACUCCUCGGACCGUGCCAACUUUUUCCGUGCCACGUUUGCCGGUGACCUCCCAACAAUCGACGGCGCGCUUAAGCGCUUCGGUGACUCGUUGCAGGCUUGGCUGGCGCGCGGUUAG